UCUGGCAACUGGAGCCCGUGGCCGCCCGGCUCCAUUAAAGCUAUCAGCAGCCGCGGGGGGGGAAGCGCUCCGCCGCGAAGCUCGCGGUGCCUUUUUAAAUACAUCUCUCUAUUUUAGCGGGUUUUUUUUUUUCCCCCUUCGCCAGGCUCGGGGCUGAGCAGAGGGGCUGCUCCGGAGCCCGUCCCGCCGAUGGCCGCCCCGCCCCGCUGAGCCCCGCGGGCACCGGGCGAUCGCGCCGCCGCCGAGCGAGCACAGCGGGCACCAUGGUGCGGGGCUGGUGGCUCGCGGGGAUGCUCCUAGCCUGCGCGGCCGCGGAGCCUCUGCGCUGGGAGCCGCGGUGCCGGCAGCAGCUGCGCCACCUGCAGGACGGAGCGGGUAUCGCCGCGCGGCUGCCGCCCCGCCUGGAGGGGAGAUGGGUGUCCAGCGGGUGCGAGGUGCGGCCUGGACCUGAGUUCCUGACCCGAUCCUACCUCUUCUACUCCAACCGCCUCUUCAAGGCUUACCAGUUCUACUACUGGGAUCCCUCCUGCCGCGACCCCUCCUACUCCCUGGUCAUCAAGGGCAAGCUCCGGUUGCGCCAGGCCUCCUGGAUCACCCGCGGGGCCACCGAGGCCGACUACCAUCUCCACAAAGUCGGCAUCGUUUUCCACAGCCAGAAAGCCAUGCGGGAGGUGGCCGCCUGGAUCAACCAGAGCUCCGUGGAGGGCUGCAGUGGGUUCCUGCCCCCGGGGCGCACCUGGGCUCCUGGAGCCCUCUAUGAACUGCUGAGCGCCAAGACCGAGCGUGACUGCACCGCUGCCUUGGGUUUUGCCAUGCACGAGCUCAGCCUGGUGCGGGUGGAGAAGCAUUACCAGCCCUUGCUGCAGCCACAGCAGAGCGGGAGCCGGCUGGUGGAGGAGCUGUACCUGGGGGACAUUCACACGGAGUGGGGCGAGAGGCUCCACUACCGACCGACCGGUUAUCAGCAACCGAUGCAGAGCGCUGUGCACCACGUGCAUCCUUGCCCGGCCUGCGGGAUUAUAUACCGAGCUGACGAACACCACCCACCCAUCCUGCCCGUCAGAGCUCAGCUGCCAGUUCAGCUCCGUGGCAGCUGGGUGAGCACCCACUGCGAGGUCCGCCCUGCGGUGCUUUUCCUUACCAGGUACUUCAUAUUCCACGGCAACAACCACACCUGGGAAGGUUAUUACUAUCACUAUUCCGACCCGCUCUGCAAACAGCCGACUUUCACCAUCUACGCGUCUGGGCAUUACACCCAAGGCAUCCCCUCCUCCAAAGUGAGAGGUGGGACAGAGCUGGCUUUUAAAGUCACACAAGCUCGGGUGACACCAAUGGACCAGGUGACAGUGAUGAUGCUGAACUCCUCAGAACCUGGAAGCUGUGGGCUGACGAGCUCCUGGAGCGCUGGGGUGGAGCAGGAUAUAACACCCACUAAUGGAUGUUUGGCUCUGGGCAUUAAGCUGCCGCACACGGAGUAUGAACUUUUCAAAAUGGACCAAGACACGAGAGACCGCAGCCUGCUGUACGUUGGUGAAAGGCCCACGGACGGAUCCAGUCCCGACAGCCCAGACAAGCGACCCACAUCGUAUCAGGCACCUCUGAUUCAGUGCGCUGGAGCGUCGGAAGAAUUCUCUAAUUAUGUUAGUCUAAAAUACUUGGGAAAAAAGGAUGCUAAUGGGAAUGAAGCACUAAAACCUCUGCCUGUGGCCUUUUUAUUGUUUAUAGCACUUCUGUUUUUAAGAUGGGACUAGUGAUCUAUUCGGGUACAGCACAGAAUUCAGAUAGUCUUGGUGCUAACGUGAUUUUAUAGCCUUCAAAUGAGCACAUCUGGAAUCAGUUUUACUCAGUUUUGGAAACUCUUUUUAAGAACACCCAACAACAGUGAACGAAGCCAAGAAGAUGUGCCUGGCUACACACUGUUUGUCCUGUGGCUUUACUGCCUAAUCUCCUCUCUUCUUUGUGUACAAAUUUAAUGUAGUGACAUGGAUGUGCUGCACAUUGCAAUAGAUAAUCCAGCAAUAUGAGGGGGGAAAAAGCAACAUCAGUUACAAUUGCUGCUUUGAGCUUUUGACAUUGCUAAGAUUUAAUCAAGAGCUUGAUUCAGAUGUAAUUCAAACAUCCAAAGUGUCGGCUGCUGAGUUUCUUUGAGGUUAAGUUCCCUCUCAUCACACUCCUUAUUGCUGUUCUUGCAAAUUUAAUCUGCAGACAGUCAGCAAUAGCUAAACAGUCAGCAAGUGCUCUUGAGAAGGGCACGGGUACUCAUGCCUUUCUCAGUUUACAGACAGUUUCUGCAGCUUUUGUGUGUACGUAUGCACACAAAGAUGCAACACACAGUCUUCCACUUACGGACACAGAAAAACAGCCCUCACAGAGCAUUACCUCGACAGACUGUUCUGCCUGACGCUGGUCAUCAAAGAAGAUACAGUAAAGGGAAAAGGUUUCUGUGCACAACCGCUCCAACCUUCAGCGUUUCCUAGCUGCAGACACUGCAUCCUCGCUGCAUUAUUCUGGCUUUUCCAGUUCAGUGCUGGCCUGCGCUUCAGUUCAUCAGCAGUGGCCCCAUGUCCAGUGGGCAAAGGCACUGCCAGGCAAUCAUCACCACCACCCCCCACGUGCCAUGCGAAGCAAAAGAUUGCUUACAAGUCUUCCCAGACCAUGUAUUUUCACUCUUUAGUAAGUGUACUGGCGUACCAGUUGUUAAUCCAGCUCUCCUUUCAAUUGAAAUGUCACUUCCAGCCUCAUUCUCUAAAGAUGUUUUAUAAAUCUGCCUCUGGUGACUGAUGAGAUGAGGAGAUACUCGUAUCAGACAGCACAGUCAGGUCAGACUGAUUUCUACUGACAAGAAGGACAAACAUGGAAUUAUAUUCCCUGUCUGCUGCAGCAAAGAAGCAUAUAACUUACUUGGAGAAGACCUCCUCCCAGUAGCUAAAUCCUCUCCAAAUAAGCCUAUAUAUCUUACUCACAAAGGAUAUUUUGUUAAACCAGCUAUGCAGUAGCUCCCUUCUUAACGCUGUAUUUACGAACUUGCAGCUUGUAUUUAGAUAAAUUAUGGGGUUUAUAACAUAAAAAUACUUUUGGGGGAUCUGUACAUUAAUAAUUCAAAUGAGAUGCUUAUUAAAUGCAUACAAUUGUGACAUAAAUAUUGUCAGCAUGUUGGCAUGAUCCUAUAUUAGUCAGGCACAAACAUUUAUACUUCUAAGACUAUACACAAAAAGGCCAAGCUUGGCUACCCUGCUUUCAGUUCCCUCUGCAGUCAGUGGAGAAGAUGACUUCUCCAGGGUUAGUGCAGCAGGCAAUACACCUCCUUCUUUCCAAGAGUUGUGUUUUGCUGCCUGCUGCUUUGUGGAGAUCCAUGGGCAGCCUUUGAAGAAGUGGAAGUGCAACUUGGAGAAUGUGGCGUCUCCUCUGGGAUAUCCCCAUUGAGAUGCUGUGAUUCGGGGCAAGUCUGGGGUUGCACAGCUGCAUCUCCCAUAAACCACACACGUGGCAGAAUGUUUUCUUCAGCAGACCGGUUCUCCAUCACCACGCUGGAGCGGUCACAAAACUGCAGCCUGGAGGACAGGCUCUCAUAACUCAAUCAAAUCAUCAAAGCUACGUGUUCCUGCAGGUCCCAAAGAUGUCCAUGGCAAGAACAGGGAACAGUCUUUGGAGGGCGGGUGGAGGAGGGAGAAGACAAUUCCUGCCCUACACUUACCCCCCAAGAAUAAGAUUUGUCUGCAGAUACUUUUCUUUUUUUCAUUUAUAGUAUGGAAAUAGUAUGAAAUCUAUUAAACCUUGCAAGUGUUCAGAUAUUGCAUAGGGUAAAAACUCCCAGACCGCAGACUCUUUCAAGGUGGUGAUGGGAUGAACAUGGUGUAAGAAGUUAAAGACAACAUCACAUAGGCAACAAAUGCUUGAGGAAGCUCCCACUGCUUCCUGUCACACGUCAGCCACCACUCAGCUCCAGCAGCCUUGAAUGCUCAGACACAGCUCCAAGACUCUGCCCUUCCCUAUGAAAGCCUCAUCAGGAGCCUCUUUGUCCUCUUGUUUCCCUCCCUUCAAGUAUAUUUCUGAAAGAAAAGCCAUGAAAAAGCUAUUUGCAUAAAUAUCAUAACUUUUAUUGUUCUGUUCACAGUUUUCGGAGAAACAUUCCUAAAUUAUACAGUUGUUUUCUCUUAAGAAUUUGUGCCUUUUUCCAAUUUGAAUUUGCCUGGCUCUGAUUGCCAGUCAGUGAUUGUGUUGCUCUUUUUAAGAUCAGAGUGCUGCAGUGUUCAGUAUUUUCUCCCUGCGAAGGUACUCGUGCACUGUAAUCAAGACAUUCUCAAUUUUAGCCAGCGGAGUUUUCUCUCUCACACUUUCUAAGGCAUUUUCAUGCUCCACCAGUAAUUUUUGAAUCUUUUUUUCUCUUUUGCCUCCCUUCCAGUUACUCAGCUUCUCUUUUAAAAUGUAAAUAUCCAAAUUGCAUCCAAAAUCCCUACCUCUCUCACAGCUGAGACAUCCAGAAGAAUAAUCACUUAGUGCUAACGGUUAUUAAGAACAGUCUUACUUCAUUAGUCCUUCACCCUGGGAACACACGUGAAGCUCUUACUCUGGUCCUGACUGUUGAUAUUAUUGUCACAUUAACAUUUUAUCAGUAGAGAUUUCAUAUCUAUUUUCACCAGUGGUCUGGAACCACUGAAUGCUAUCGGGUCCCAGCAGAACCCUCCUAUGAGCAUCUCAAUUCCAUUAUGGUUCUCUCUGAAUGACGCUCUCAAAGGUGAAUUGUCAGACCACAGCAAGUUGUGCCCGGGCCCAGACAGAUCAGCUCACUCUAAUCCAAAAAAAACCUGAAAGCCAGAGACAGAAUGAAGGGACUGACAUCAUGUUCCCUCAUUAGCAUUCAUCUCCUUUUCCCUCUCUUCCCUGGGGGUGUCAUGCUAGCUACGCACUUCACCCCGCCUGUCCUGGCUUGGUUGCCAUCCCUCUCAUCCGCAGCUCAGAGACUGCCCCAGGCAUCGCCCCUGGAAGUGCCGAUACAAGGGUUUGACACCUCCUGAAUUUAAAAAUCUCUAUUUUUAAUACUAAGCAUUGCUGAUGAACGACCUCACCUUUCCAGCUCUUACAUCAUCAUGAGCAGUUUUACCACCUGCAUCUCAUAAUGGUCCUUAUCCUACCACAAAGAUUUCCUCUGAACUUCCACUCUUUAUCGCCCUCGCCAAGCACUCCAACCCAUACAUUUUUCUUUUCCUUUGGCUGUUGGUUUCCUUAUUAAUUUUCUACACUCCAUAACUCUCAUUUUGAGUUGAUUGCUGUCUGCUUCCCUUUUUCUUAUUUGUUUUAUAUUACUUUACAUAUAAUUUUUCCCUUCAUUUCAUCACUGAAACAGGAUGGGCCGGUAGCCAAAGUUGUCCCACUUGAUUGCAAAAUUGUUGGAGUUUUGGCCAUUUUAUAGCUUUCACUUAGAAACCUGCCAAUUCUAAUUCAGUUUUCCAUUUAAUUUCUUCUUUGCUCCCAGAUUUAAGAUGAAAUGUGCUCAGCUACGCCCUUUUGAAGCACCAAUUAGAUUUAUUAGCAGUUUGCAUAGCUGUACGCCUACCCUGAAUGUAAUCAGGAUUCCAUAGUAAGUACCAGCUUCCAGUCCCGUGAUUCAUUUAUCUUUAUCUGACAUACACACGACAAACCCGAAUAACUUAAUGUUUCAUGUCUAACGCUGCAUGAGAAAAACGGGUCUAGGACAUAGACAACAAACAGUAGUCCUGUCUACUGGGUUCCUUUCAGCUGUAAAAGAAAUAAAUACCGUUUUGUUGGUAAUUAAAAUUUUGUUGGCAAUUAAAAACAGGCCAACAGAUGCCCUGGCAGGUUAGCGCCAGCUGAAAGUCAAUGGGAACAGGCACAUGUGUGCUGGAAAACUUUUCCCCUCUCACUUCUUGUAUUUAAAAAGUUUAAUAAUUUUUUUACCCACUCCAAAAAAGCAGAAAAAAUUAGUUUUCAAGCACCCUGCAUACAUUACUUCCUUCCUGUAUUAAGUUUGAGCAUGAAAGUCUUUCCAUCUUCUUUAAUAUCAUAAGCUGCUCAGAAAAGUUGCCUUUGCAAUAUUUUUCUUCUCCAAUAGGAACUAAAAUUUAAAGCAUGAGCUGAGUUUGCAGGUCAAACAUAAGUGAUGGGUCCGAUCUCUUCACACCUCAGUUAACAGUAACCUAUUUUUCCAAUUAGCCACCUUGAUGCCCUUCUGUUUAAAAUACUUUAGAAUGUAUUAGACUUCCCAAGCAAUUCUUAGAGUGAAACAAAACACACAAACAGAAGUUUUACACCACCUUUGGCUAUAUUAACAGCAUCGAGCUCGUGCUUAAUUUGCUAAACAAUCCACACUGAAUAGAAAAGAAUGCAAUUCACUAUAAAUAAAUGAGCUGCACUGAAACAGCACAAAAAAGCCGGAGAGAAAAAUGGUUGACAAGACUCACUGCUCCAAACUCUACACAGAACCAAGAGGGAGAAGAAACAGAUUUGUUCAAGGAGGAAGCAGAAAGGUGAGUGGUUUCCCAGGAUGGGAAAAAGGCUCUGGGCCCAGAGUUGGACACGUCCAGGGAGUGCCCUGCCCGGCAGCCCCAAAGCGCUCCCAUGGGCGGGCAGGGAAGAGCGAGGAGGGAAGGGCGAAGGGAAGAAAGAGGCUGAGAUGGAAAAUAUAUAGACAGCAAAAGAGGAACGCCAUUUAAAGAUGCCAGGCUGAACGCUGGUUUCUUUGCCAAGGAGCAGUGAAGGAACAAGGAUGACUUAAAUUGAACCAAAGGGCUGAGGGGGGAAAUGGAGUGAGAUGUGACAGCUCAGGGAGAGCAGAUUAGGAAAGGAACUGGGCCGGAGAGACUGCAGCCUUCACAGAAACGCUCUUCUGGGUUCAGAACUGAAGGAAACAUUCCUGGCUCCGAUCACGCCGCGUGUGGCCUGCCAGAGAAACGUGAACGCACUCCCUGCUGUCUCAGCACAGUUGCUCACCCCUGCGCUGAUGCUCGGGGCAGGAACCGGGGUCCCUCCGCAGAACAUCCUGGAUUCAAUCCUGACGGACACGUGGCUCACAUGCCGUACUGUGAUGCCAUCUGUGAAGUUCAACUUUUAAAAACCACAUUACAUGGAAGUUAAGAUCCUGUAAGGCCAGGCUCACAACGCCCGGCCGCCUCACCCCUCCCUGGGUCACUUUCUGACCAGGUCCUGGGGGUGGAUCAGAGGCUGCGAUGAGCUCACAAGUGAUCAAACUAACAGCGCACAAACUUGGCUUUGCCAUUUCCUAACUCCUCAGUGCCCGACUUUAUACGGCCUUAAUAAAGGUCUUUUAAAAGUCAUUGUGUGUGGAUAAUCGUGUGUGGGAAUUCUGCCAAAUCAAACAUGAGGGAGUUCAAGAGGCUUUUCUAAUCUUGUGAGUUUAUCCACUGAAGAAAAAGAUUUGAUUAAAAAAAUGAAGUACAGCUGAACUGGGAACAAUACAUUACUGGGGGCUGUUCUUCAGCUCUUCAUAGGCACUUCGAAAUCUUGAGGAAAAACCCCACAAAAUUAGGACCUUAUUAAAUAAGAAUGAAAUAUGCCAGUGCAGAAACAUAAACAGAAAUGCCAGAUGUAUAAUGUCAACUUGUAAUAUGCAGCUUCAAGUAAUACUUAUUAAUUCAUUUGUUUUCUUAGUUUCUUUUGUUUUGCCAUCUGGAAAAGGCCAUUUUCUAAAGACAGAAUAUAGGAGAAAAGAAAUGAAAUUUGCUUCAAGGAAAAGUGGCUUUGUUUCUGUACUCAUACACCGAGAGUUCCUUUUUGUAGUCUGCAGUCACACAGAAGCUUCAGGACAAACGGAGGCCUGGACUGGGAGGCAAAAAAGAUCUACAUGGCAGUUUGGUGACGGUUUCAAAAGUUUUACUCCUCAAAGUACAAAUGUGAAAGCAGUUCUGUACAAGGAAAUGGAGCUACAGAAAACGGGAGUAAAUGACAGGCACACAGUCAGUCAUUCUGGAAGCGUGCAAGUGCACGGCUAUUAGAGUAUUACAUGGAAGAGAUUUCUGGCUGGCUCUUAUGUUAUUUUAAAAUAUAAUCUACAUUUAUCCAGUAGAAAAAAAUCAGCCCAUUAAUAAAACAAACAGAUUUUAUAGUCCAGCAGAUUGAAGUAGUGAAAACACACAAUUACUUUGUUCUUGAUGCUAAUAAAAAUAGAAUUCAGUAACAGCACAACGAGCAACGUCCCUUCUGCACUGCCACCCAUUAAACGAAGCAAUUCAGUACACAUGAAGCUGUCUGCUUAACAUAAGGAAAUCUUUAUUGGACAUGGUCAAAGCAUCUGCGCUGUCCUGCUUCAACAAUAAAUCCCACUAUUUCUCUGACUGCAGCAGGUGAUUUACACUGCCAGCGCAUCCCAUGGUAUCUUCUAAUCGAGUGUAUCUAGAGAAGACCUAUGUUUCACUCUAUGAGCAAGCAGCCUUGCUUAGUAGUAGCUUUUCUUUCUAAUGCCCAAAUGCUGGUUUAUACAAAUACUUUCUAACCAAUAAAUAAAAUUUGUAGACACUUAUCUGCUUACAAAGAAUAGGGACUUCCACGUGGGGUACUGAACUCAUCUCACUCCUGUAGAGAUCACUUUCUUCUUCCACUGGGAUCCCUCCACCACCUGCCUCUUCUCAACUUGCUCACUCAGGAUUUGAGUAACGGACGCCAGCCGGUUUUCAAACAAUGAAAAAGCAGCUCUCCACCUCCAGGCUGCUCUAGUGCUGCGGGAAGCAGUUCUGCAGCUGUAGCACAGCCACAACAAACACAAAGUUCAGAGUGCUUCUUUCAUGUGUUCUUUAAUUUCAAACAGAGGGAUUUUUGGUUGUGGCCUUUUCUCAGUUACUUUAUAAAGGAUAUAUAUAUCAGGAUACGACAUUUCAGAACAUCAUGUAGAGCAAGGAAAGUAUUGUUUCAAGAACUGAGAAUAUGACCAUUAAGUCACUAUUUUGCCCAAGAAUUCAGGAAGUUUUCCAACUGAGAGAUGGAAGGAUCAUACACAUUUUAAAGUAAAG